AUGGCCCCGAGAAAAAUCAUCAUAGACACCGAUCCAGGCGCCGACGAUGUCAUAGCCAUGCUUCUCGCUCUAGCUUCCUCUCCCGAGGAGCUAGAGGUGCUGAUGAUCUCAGUGACUUACGGAAACGUGGCCCUAGAGGCCUGCUUGCGAAAUGUAGUCGGAAUGUUCCACGUUCUCGACCAGGAGAUGGAGUGGCGCAAGUCCCAAGGGAAACCGCUAGGUUACGAGGUCUUGCGGACUUACAAGCCGAUUGUUGCUGUCGGCCCCGAGCAUGCUCUGGAAGACGAGAUGCUAAUGGCAGAUAAUUUUCAUGGAGCUGAUGGCUUACACGGCGUUCAUGAAGCUCACCCUCACUUAUCACCGGCUGAUACUUGGAAAGCCCUCUUUAAAGACGGAGUUCCGGUGGAUACUGAGGAGCCCUCAUACCUAAAAUAUUUCACGCCGUCAAAGACGCCCGCUCACAAAGAAAUCCUGCGGAUCCUGAGGGAGGAGCCAGCUGAUACGGUUUCAAUCUGUGCACUGGGUCCAUUAACUAAUCUAGCUCUAGCUGCUUCGGAAGACCCCGAAACGUUCCUCAAGGUUAAGGAGAUAGCUGUCAUGGGUGGAGCUGUCGAGUGCGUGGGUAAUGUGACGCCAGUUGCGGAAUUCAACACCUACGCUGAUGCCGUCGCCGCCGCUCGAGUGUUCGCUCUGACGUCGCCAAACCCGGCUUCCACCAUGCCCCCCAUACCCAAGGACAAGGCGACCCUGCCUCCCUACCCUGAAAAACUCUCGCGAACGCUGAAUUUGAGUCUGUUCCCACUUGAUAUUACUACGCCGCAUCUCCUAAACCUAGGCUUCUUUCUGGAGAACAUUGAGCCGCAACUCGCCAGUGGUAGUCCAUUAGGGGUAUGGGUUAACACCUUUAUGGCCGGUAUAUUCCGUCAAAUCACAUCUAUGAUCGGUAACGAGGUAGAGCCAGGCCUAUCGCUUCAUGAUCCUCUCACCAUCUGGUACAUGCUCACGGGAUCUGACCCAGCAUGGAAGCUGGCCCAGAACGCGCCAGAAGAUAUCCGUAUCGAGACAUCAGGACAAUGGACUCACGGAAUGCAUGUUUCGGACCGCCGCGGCAGAACACGACCCGACGGUGUGAAUACCUUCGAGGUCCCUGGGGAUGAUGACGGUUGGCUUAGCUUGCUGAGGGGUAAUAGGAUAAACAGAUAUGUUAGCAGUCCAGGUGAGAUGACAUUUGCGCCGUACCUAAUGGAGCGCCUGUUCGGAUGA